CUGAAGAGACAAAACUGUCGUACAACGCUUCUGCCAAUCAUUUUCGUCAGAAAACCAUUCCUUUACCCUGACUGUGGCUUUCUCUUCAGUCAUCGGGAAGGAAAGCGGACGUUUGAGAGGGGCUAUUUGGAAAUAUAUUCCACAGUCUGAAGUGGCCAUUUACUCGGAAGGAUUCCUGCAACGUCAAACUGUCGUACAACGCUGAGUGUCAAUCAUUUCCGUCAGAUAAACCGUUCCUUAGCAACCCUGACCGUGACCUCCUCUUUCUACAGUCCAUCGGCGGAAGGAAAAACGGACGACCGAGAGAUUGGUGCUCUGUGGAAAGAUUGUAGAAGCCAGCUGAAGAGGCCUUUCAUCGGGAGAGCUCCUGGCGGGAGUGCGGUUGGAGCUCUGGUGGGCUGUCCAUAGAGCCUUGUGUGCAGAUUGCUGUGAGCAAAAAUCCACAGAAGAAGAAGCCUUGAUAGGUUAGUCGAGUACCGAAAAUGGCAUUCGAAAGACAAUUUGCAAGCUGCUUGCUUCUUGUUAGUUUGUGCUUCACCGCAUCUGUCUCCGUCUCGGACUCAACAGCAACAACGAAGCACAGGCAUAGCGAGGCUUGUGCGAACUGCAUUGCGGGCGACGAAGGUGGCGGAAAAGUGACAACUCUAAAAGUCUUCUGGGACGAAGUCAAAUCUGCGGUCAAGGACGUUGAAGAAGAGAUUGCAACGAAACGCCAAGAAGGAAAGUGGGUUGACAAAAGUGGCACCAAGGAUGACACAAAGAACACGAAAAAGACGAAGGUUAGCGGUUCGUGGUCAGCAGUGGCCAGACUGUCCGCUAGAGUUUCCCGCCUCGAAACCAACAUGUCGCUCGUACUUGACCAGAACCAGUACUUGCGGUCAGAGGUCGCCAACCUGUCAUCUCAAAUGAGCGGAAACAAAGGUCAAGGAAAGCGUCGGCACUUGAGGAACUACAUGGAACACCUUGAAGAAAGCAUCGGAUACGUCGAGAUGGAGCUGGACAACGAGCGCAGCAAGAUGAACCGAUACCAGACAGAACUGUCCACGAUAGCGGUCAGACAGGGGGAACUGGAAUCCAAGAUGGCGGCGCUGGCGAGAAGGAUUACCCACAAUCCUCGGCGCAAGCACAACAGUGUCGUCACCAACGCGAUUGCUCCGGUUGGCUCCCCUGAGGUUCCCGCAGGUGAAACUGAGUACGACUAUGAUGUUGAGUUUGUGCGCGAGCCAAAGGGACAGCGAUAGAGGGUUGUAAAUUUAACGUUGUUGUGAAACACUGAGGGCAUCUGAUAGCAAGGGGAGAAAUUCCGAUGCUGUGGCGAGGCCGUCAUAGGCGCGCAAAGUGAUAAAUCGAUCGUCAGACUGAAGACCAGGUCACGGUCAAAGCUGUAAUUUCCUGUGCUGUAAGGAGAACUGUCUGUGUGUGUUGCCCUAGACAAUUA